AUGUAUUCGAUUAGAGGAAUAAUAUAUCUAUUCCUCCUGCUACAGUGUGCUCCUGUGGGGGCAGAUGAGGCGGGGGGGGCGAGCAAUGGCAUGACGGAGAAAAUAGUGGGAGGCCUGAAAGCUGGUUGGGAUACAUAUAAAAGUGUGUUCACUACCGUAUGUCAGCAAAUGACAGCAAAUGGUGGGGGGACUGCAAAUGCGGGAAAUGGUCUUUACGCCUGUGAUAACGGCUUAGCCAUCACCGUUCUUCUUGCUAUUGUUUCUGCAGUAUGGGGUACUUUCCAAUAUUUCUGUAGAUUGUGGUGCUAUAGUUGUUGUACUAAUUGUUGUAGAAGAAGACCAAGGGGGACAAAAUUGCCAAAGCAAAUUAUAUACCAUGUAGGCUAUAAGCCGGGUGAAAAAACACCAAAGCAGGAUUUGUACCAGGAGGUGUGCCACGAAAGCGAAAAAGAUCUAGGACCACCACCCUCAGCAUCCUCACCAUCCUCCUGCUCAACAUCAUCACAAUCGUCACCAUCACAAGCACCAGAAUCGGAAGAAGAGCAACCUGAAUCUAAUCAGUCGGGCAAAAGGGAGCGCGUAAAGGGAAGGAGGGAACAAAGAAUGGAGAAAGCACUCAAGGGGAAGAGCAAACGAUGA